AUGCCAGCAGCGACCUACGAAACAAUUGACGAAGCAAGUCCAAAUCCUGAAAUCAAACAUAAGCAACGUCGUGUUUUGAAACGUUUGUUUCGAUACAGCCGUCCGGAUUGGCCGUUGAUCACCGUCGGAACUGUACUUUUACUUGUAGGAGCUCUAUCUGAAGUUUUUGUUCCAUUGUACACUGGUCGGUUACUAUCCAGCGUUGCAUUCAAAGACGAAUGGAAAGUAUUCAAGCAUAAUCUAAUCAUGUUUGUUAUAGUGAACUUUACGGGAGGAUUUCUUGGUGGAUUUCGUAUUGGUGUGUUUGCUAUCUGUGUAUCACGUCUGAAUAUUCGCUUACGAACAAAACUAUUUCAAUCGUAUACGCGACAGGAAAUCGGAUUUUUCGAUACACAUGAAAGUGGCAAAUUACUUUCACGGCUCAAUCAUGAUACACAGAUCAUGAGUUCAAUUGUUGCGAAUAAUAUUGCACAAUGUAUCGGUGCAUUAGUUAAGUUCGUCGGUACAUUUAUCAUGAUGAUCAACUUAAGUUUACAUUUAACUAUUGCCUGUUUAAUUGGUGCACCAUUGAUUUUAAUUGUGGCAAAAAUUAGUGGCAAUGCUCAUCGACGUGUUUCGGAAAAAGUUCAGGAUCUCUCCGCUGACGCAUCCGAAAUAGCAGAAGAAACCAUUCAAACAAUUCGAACUGUCAGGAGUUUUGGUAAUGAAAACGGCGAAUUAAAACGGUUCGCCGAUAUUCUCAAGCAAUCGUACAAAGCUUCACUUAUGCAAGCAGCAUUGUCAGCUGCACAGAAAUGGUUUGUUGAAUUAGCACAACUUGGUAUGAGCGUAGUUAUGUUGUACUACGGUGCACGGCUAGUCCGCAAUGGUGAUGUUAAAGGACCUGAUUUGUUGGCAUUUGUUAUCUAUCAGUUAACUCUGGGAGCUAUUCUAAGUGAUAUAUCUCAAAUAUAUACCGCAUUGAUGACCGCGGCUGGUGCAAGUCAAUCCGUGUUUGAUUAUCUUGAUCGUAAACCAUUACAGCGCCCGAGCGGCACACUAGAACCAAAGGAGUUUCAAGGUGAAAUUGAAUUCAAUAACGUUUCACUCGUCUACCCAGCACGACCCAAUGAAGUCGCAGUGAAAAAUAUAUCGUUCAAAAUUCAACCCGGUCAAACUUGUGCAUUUGUCGGCCCCUCCGGUUCAGGAAAAUCGACAUGCGUCCAUCUACUCGAACGUUUCUACGAUCCGAGCAGUGGAACGAUCCUGAUUGACGGUCAAGAGAUUCAAGAUUAUGAUCACAAAUAUCUCCAUAAGAAGAUUUCCAUGGUUGGUCAAGAACCGAUUUUGUUCAAUCGAACAAUAAAGGAAAAUAUUGCCUACGGAUUAGAAAAUCAUGAUGAUUCCGCUAUCAUCAACGCUGCAGAACAAGCAAAUGCGCACGGAUUUAUCACUGAUCUCGUUAAUGGUUAUAACACAAUUUGUGGACAACGCGGUGGCCAUUUAUCGGGCGGUCAGAAACAACGUGUUUCGAUUGCUCGAGCUAUCGUUCGAAAACCGACAAUACUUCUAUUAGACGAGGCAACAUCGGCAUUGGAUCCUGUUAACGAGCGAUUGAUUCAAGAUGCAUUGUUCUAUGACAAGGCGAAACACGAAUUAAGAACUAUUCUGAUUUCUGCACAUCGAUUGAGCACAAUCGAACGAUGCGAUCGAAUUUUUGUUAUUCACAAAGGUACUCUAGUUGAACAAGGUACACAUGAAGAAUUGAUGGAAAUCGAUAAGGGACUCUAUCGCGAACUUGUUCGACGGCAACAAAUGGACAUAGACAACGUAUGA